GAGUCGAAUCCUCACAGCACUCCUGUCAACAAUCAGUCUUUAAUUGUUGCAAGUCUCUCUCUGGCUUCAUUAUUAUCUUUGCUGCACGUUUUCAGCACCGGUGCCAUCUUGAAACCAGCAAUGUCCACCCUCAUCAAAGCGUUUCUGCUCCUGGCUGUCAUGGUCUGCAUCUCCCAGGCCCAACUCAAACAAUCAGGACAGCAGUGUCUGUGUCACCGUGUCAGGAAUCGUAUCGGCAUGAAGACUGAAAUAAAGGACAUACAGAUCUACCCAGCAACCAUCUUCUGCAACAAAGUGGAGAUUGUUGUUACCUUGAACAGUGGCCUCCGCUAUUGCUUGAACCCCGAGCAAAAAAACGUGAAAAAGCUCCUGACUAACAUCAUGGAUAAAAAGCAGAAGACCACUUCCUCCCCAGUGGAACCCUCCACAGCUGCCAUGUGAUUGUCUUUUAAGCUCUCUGAAAGAAAAAGCACCUCAUAUGACCUCUGAACCCUCAACAAAGUCACCUUGACAAAAAAAAACAAAAAAAAAAACAUGGACAUGAAAUGAUUGUAGUUGUUUUUUUUAUUUAAUUUUUUUAUAUGUGCUUAUAUUUUAUCUCCACUAUGUUGUAUCCUGUUUUUAUUCUUCUGUGUUUUUUGUAAAUAGAUG